AUGGGUGGCGGUGGGAGCAGCACCCGCGCAGCCCGUGCAGCGCUAGCUGCCCUCGCCGCUGCCCUCAAUGGCUACUUUGCCGCUCUCCGUGCCGCCGCUGAGGGCAUUGGGCCAACACCAACGGACGAGGCCAUGCUGGCCCUCGUCACCGACAUCCUACGAACAGAUGCUGCGCUGCAGACCGAGGUGGCGAGAGUUGAACGGGUCCGGAGAGCUUAUUUGCUCAAGCGGGCGCUGCGGGAGACGUCGUCCAAGGCGCGGGCGAUGGUGGCGGCGACGUCGGCAGAGGUGCUGACGGCACUGCCAGCGGUGACGGAGACGGUCCACGCCACACACCCGCACAUCACCCGGCCUGAUGCCGCACCUGACCGGGCGGCGCGCCCGCUGGUGAGGCAGGUGGGCAAGGGCGGGAGCGCAGACACGCUGGUGGAUACGCUCUGUGAUGGUUCCGGGCUUGACAUGGACCUCGUUCUUGGCAUGGUCCAGCGGAUGAGCUACACCCAGGGCGCCAGUCCAUUUGGCGUCCACCGCCCGCCGAACCCGCAGCCGGAGCACAUGCGGGUGAGCGCGUUUGCCAAGCCGCUCCCGCCGGCCUGCGAGCGAUGUCGAUAA